CCAGCCUCCAGCCUCCGUGUCGCACGCCAUCCCCGCGCACGCCCAUCCCGACGCCCGCACACUCCACGAUCCCGAGAACAAGCGCCGCCGUCCGAUGAUUGCCUGAAGCAAUGCUGCGUGCACAACGAGCCUCAUGAGCUCAGAUUCGGGAGAGAGCCACUCCAGCGCUCGCAGCCACCAUGGACACGAUGCGAUAGACGUCACGCGACGCGCAGCCCAUGCUUCGCCCGAGCACGACCGCCGUGUUGGCGAGAGUGCAGUCGCCAGGCCCGGCGCUGGAGACCAACAUGAAGAAGCCGAGGCCAGCGACACAGACGGAGCCCAGUCGGUCGACACCACUCCCGACGACUUGACGUUUGCGAAAACGAGGCAGAGCGAUACAAUCACGCCGGGCAUGCUCAACGACGACAGCCCGCCCUCAACAGACAUUCCCGACGACACCCCAUCCGUCCAGGGAUCAGCCAUAUCUUCGCCCACCAGCAGUGUGCCUGUGUCGCAUAGCUCGCUCCGAGCCCACCGCCCCACGUCUUUGCAGCCCUUUGAGCGCCGCUUCUCCUCGCGCCUAUCCCCCUCCCCGCUGGGCACGCGCCUUCAGUCGCCGGGUUUCCUGUCGCCCCAUUCGCGCCACUCCUCUCAGUCUGGCCACUUCAUCUUUCAACAGUCAUCUGAUGAUGUGUCCGAAACCUCCCACGCGCCUUGGGACGUGGUUCGCUGGACCAAGCUUCGGAAAAUCACCACGCACGUCUUCUCAGAGGUUGGCAGGCGCAACUUUGGUCGACCAACCUGCCUCAACGUUGCCGUGUCCCUCGCAAUAGGCACCUCGAAAGGCUUGAUCCUCAUCUUCGACUACCAGCAAGUACUCAAGUCCAUCAUUGGGCCCGGCACAAAGGCUAUAGAAUGUGGCUCCCUCACCGCCCUGGCUAUUUCUGCUGACCACACAACCAUCGCUGGUGGCCAUGCAACUGGCCACAUCUUCACAUGGGAGUUGGCGAAACCAGCAAGGCCCUUUCUGCACAUCCCGCCACUGGAGAGGGCAAGCAUGGAAGAUGGAAAGUUGGACGGCCACGUAUCUGGCGUGGCAAUCCUACAUUUGGGCUUUUUGGGCACGCGCCACACAGCAUUGGUCUCCGCUGAUGAUGCCGGCAUGGCCUUCUCCCAUCUGGCAACCCGAGGCUUCGGAGCCUUGGGCCGGACAGUCAAGACGACUCGAAUUUUGGGAAGAUACCCACUGUCGCCUAAAUCGCUGGAAAAGCCGCGAAAGCCAAGCUCGGUGCUCGCCUUUGCUCCACUUCCUCUGGGAAACGUGGAGCAGCCCACCGACGACAUGGGACUGACGGCUCUCUUGACACCCUAUCUGCUAGUGAUUGUAUCAACAACACCCAUCGCACAAACACAGCACAAAGCCCCUCGCCCAAAGGAUGUUGCAGCCCAUAGUGCCCUCAGCGGAUGUCUCGCCUGGUUCCCAGCUGUCAAGUUGAAGACUUCAAGUGGGUCCAACAACGCAGUCUCCAAAACCAAGCUUGUGUAUUGCUGGUCCAACGUCUUGACUGUGCUUGAUGUCCACUCGGACACAGCUGCGUCUUUGGAGAAAGACAAGCCACCGGAGCUUCAUUUCAAGCCCCGAAGCCGUUGGAAGGCGGAAGAGUCCAUCGUUGCUGUUCAGUGGCUAAGCAGAUCGGUGCUUGGUGUCUUAACCAUCAGCCAGCGCCUGAUGAUUCUUGAAGACAACACACUGCGCGUGACCGACUCUUUUGAUCUCUUGCAAAAGCACAUUUACCACUCGGACCUCUUCUCGCGUCAGCUCAAACCCGUCGUUGAGCAGCUCAACGAAGACGACACGUCGAUGCAUGGUGUUGUGGCAGAUGCCUUCUACAUGAGUUUUAGAGUGUACAAGGGCCGCAUGUUUCUUCUAGGCUUCAAUGACUGUUCUAUUGGUACUCUUUCAAACUGGGCAGAUCGUUUAGUCGCGCUGAUGGAAGAUGGCGAUUACAUUGCUGCCCUCGGUCUUGCAACUUCAUACUAUGUUGGUGAUGCAGACAAAAUUACCGUUGGAUUGCCUGAAGAUGAUGACGCACGCCAUGCCUUGGUGCAGCCCAAGCUGCUUGAGAUGAUUACCGCGUCUAUCAAAUACUCACUCUCACAAAAUGAUGAUGCUGACGAGGAAGCAAGAGAGCGCCGAUUGAAAGAGCUGGCCGAGGUGGUAUUCGCGGGAUUGCUUAGCAUGCAAGAGCUUGACUUUCUCUUUGAACAAGUCUACGACGCUUACGAGGAGGCGUCUGCAGCGCGAGCCUUCUUCGAAACCCUUGAACCAUAUAUACAAGAUGAAGAGAUUGAUUCCAUACCCCCCAAUGUUCUCAAGGAUCUCAUCACCUUCUACGCGUCGGAGAACCGUUCGACCCGGCUUGAGGAGAUGAUAUGUCGACUCAGUACCGAUACCAUGGACCUCAACCAGGUCACUACGCUUUGCCAGCAGUAUGUUUUGUACGACGCGCUCAUAUACGUCUGGACCAAUGCGAUUGGUGAUUACAUCACGCCUCUCAUCCACAUCUUGGAGCUCAUCAAGCUGGUGGAUUUUGAUGUCGAUGAGACGGAGAAUAUCUAUCUUACCGCAGCUAAUAAGAUUUUCCCCUACCUCGCGUACACCUUCACAGGCCGCGUCUAUCCCGGAGGCGCAUUCAUGGAUGAUGACCAGGCUUACAGUGCCAAGAAGGACAUGUACAGGUUCUUGUUCUCUGGGAAGAAUUUGCAAUGGCCACCUGGUUCUGGCAAAGUCAUCACUACACAAACCGACAACAGCCCUGAACCACCCUUUCCUUACCUGCAACUUGUCCUAGACUUUGACGCGUCAAGUUUCAUGAGUAUGCUCAAUGAAGCUUUCGAGGACAGCUUUUUGAACGGAGAACAAGAUAUGCCCAAUGGAACACAGGUCAACGGCACCAAGAAUGGCGCUAUCCUCACCCCAACCCGACAGUCCAUCAUCAACUACCUUUUCGGUAUCAUGAACACGGAUAACUUUGAUCCGGCAGAUAUUGUCUAUUUCUACAUGUUUGUCGCCAGAAAUCUCCCCAAGUACCCACAGCACAUCAUGCUUCCAGGAUCCUCGCUACACCAGGUCCUUGUCGGUCUGUGUAACUAUCCUACAGAGGCUUUGAAAGAAGACUGCCAGCUCUCUGUUGAGUAUUUGCUAUCCAUCUACCAUCCUCCAAAUCCACAAAACCUUGUUCCGCUGUUUGAGAAGGCUGGAUUCCAUCGUGUCUUGAAAUCUGUCUACCGCGGCGCACAGCAAUACGAUAAGCUUCUCGAAACAUAUCUUGACGACAAGGACGACGAGGACUCGGUAUUUGCAUGUAUCACUGAUACUAUGCGCCCCAACAAAGGCCUUACCAAAAAGCAGGUCAACGAGGUGAAGAGGGUGAUUCUCAAUCGAGCUGCUGAUCUUGCUAGCGUGGACGCUGCGCAGACGGCGACAACCCUGAAGCAAUAUGCACCAGAUCUCCUCGAGCCCGUCUUGAACGCUGUGAGAGAGGACAAUGAUGCACAAUAUCACUUUCUUGAAGCUCUCAUCGAACCAGAGCGGAUACAUACCGGUGGCACUAGGCCCAUCAACGAAGCUCUCCCCCCAGGAUUCAUCGAAAGAUAUGUACAACUUAUGUGUACCUACAAUAGUGCACAUGUCGCGGACUUUGUCAGCUUGUUAAAAUCAGGUGACCUUGAGCUGGAACCUGUCCUUCCAGCGCUGGAAAAGAGCGGCGUCAUUGAUGCUGCAAUCAUACUCAUGGCGCGCGAUGGCAUUGUAAAAGGAGCCAUGGAUCGCUUGGUGAAGCAUUUGGGUACGCUUGACACUGCCCUGACAGGCCUCAUAAGUGGCGCUGCAGAGACACCUGAUGUGGCAAAUACCGAAGAGGCAAUACACGAUCUCCUUGACAAUAUUCAAAAAUACAUCAAGGUCGGCAUAUGGUUGUGCCAAGGACAGACAAGGAUGUCAGAGCGGACACCAGAGUCCAAUAUUGACCGGCGGAAAUCUGUCUAUGGUGAGGUGCGAGAAGAGGAGCUCGCCUUGGAUGAGCUGCUAUGGCUUGAUCUUGUUGAUACCUCUGUGCGCCUCAUCAGAGACACUUCUGGUGCUGUUACCGAGCAUGACGCUUCCGUUUCUUCGUCAAAUACCAGCCAAGCCGACACUGUUGACACUGCGCGCAUUGUCUCGACCCUCCGCUCUACAAUCCAGCAGACAUUCUCUGCACUUUUAACAUCAACCACCAUUCCACUAGAGAAGAAGUCUAAUCAGACAGGCCCAGUCACAGAGGCAUCUAUUCGCAGGCCGCCCCUGUACCAUACCCAAUCGAAACCGCAGUCCAAUCCCUCUUUUCUCCGCAUCUUGCGCUGUUUUCUCACGCGCGCAGCGCGCACCUACUCGCCUUCUCUUUCCGAUCUCCGUUCCGUCUUAUCGGAAAUCUUUGCCGCCUACACCUUUGAAGAAACCAUCCUAGGUCUCGCAAACCGUUUCCUAGAUAAAGAGAGCUUCGAGCAUGUCCACGAGAUUACUGAGCUGAGAAAGCGAGGCUGGACACCAAGGGGCCAGGUGUGCGAAGAGUGCAAAAAGAGGGCUUGGGGCCCCGGGGCUGGCCCGGGAGUGUGGGAGACCUGGGAGAAGCGUGAGGAGGAAAGAGCCAAGAGCAGAGCGGAAGCGGGCCAUGACCAUGAAACAAGUGGAAAACGAAAGGGCAAGCGACCGAGCCAGGCCAAUGUGCUGGACGAUGGGCAAGAAGAAGAGCAAAAGGGAGAAAAUGUGCUUGCUGCAUCUCUUGUCAUUUACAACUCGACCGACCAAGAACAGAAUGAUGCUGUCAAGCUACUGGGAAUGCCCAGCGAAGAGAUGCAUACCCAUGUCCACUAUGCAUAUGGUAACGAGGGGUCAUGGAGCUGGCAUGGGUACGAGAAUUGUAUACAGGAAACGCUCAAAGGAUUAGAGUAG